AUGUCCUGCUCCACCCCGUGCCUGCCCUGCCAGCCCUGCGGGCCCACCCCGCUGGCCAACAGCUGCAAUGAGCCCUGUGUCAGGCAGUGCCAGGACUCCACCGUGGUCAUCCAGCCCUCCCCCGUGGUGGUGACCCUGCCCGGGCCCAUCCUCAGCUCCUUCCCACAGAACACCGCUGUGGGAUCCUCCACCUCCGCUGCCGUUGGCAGCAUCCUCAGCUCUCAGGGAGUGCCCAUCAACUCCGGGGGCUUUGGCCUCUCUGGGCUGGGCAGUGGCCUCUGUGGCAGGACCUGCUUCUCCUGCUAA